UUUGGAUGGAGACCUUUUGAAACACAAUGCUACAUGUUCUUCCCUCAGACAGUGAACUGGGUCACAGCAGAGAAAUUCUGUCAAGCCUAUGGUGCGAAUCUCGCAUCUGUGCGCACUAAAAAUGACUUUCUCCUGAGUCUGGUACCUUGGAACUCUCGUGCUUGGAUUGGUGGUCAUGAUGGUGAAGUGGAAAGACAGUGGUUGUGGAGUGAUGGAUCUCCAUUUAACUACGCCAACUGGUGCUUUAGGGAACCUAACAAUCUUCGUCGUUCAGAGCACUGCCUGGAGAUAAACUGGACCGGAAGGCGUUGCUUCGAACAACAUGAUGCAUUUUGUUAUGCCAGAAUAGGCUACAUUUGUGCUCGAACAUUCUAAUGAGAAGUCAUUCUGCUAUACAAGUACUUUGAUUGUACAACAUAUAGCUUUAUAAUAACUUUAUUAUUUUCUGACCUUUCUCAGAACUUCCAUAUUAUUCCGA